CUUGUAUCUUCAGAUUGAGCAAAAUCUAGUUUGUUUUCGUUUAUGGUCUAGUAAGAUGCUAGAGAAGUGAGGGUACAGAAGUGCUAUUUCUAGGCACUUUUUGCUUUAUGGGUCUACAAGUGUGAGCAUUUGAAAAAAAGUUCCUCUUCACAGCCAGUCUUCCAAGUAGGUGUGUGGUGAGAUUGGGAUGUCUUUCCAUUUGAAAUUGUGAGUUCUUAGUUCAACAGCUGUAUAUUCUCUGAAGUGGAACAUAAAACAGUUGUAUAUUUUUUUGGCACUACAUAAUUGCCAAAGAAUAUUUCUGGGAACAACUAAUCAUUAUUUCCUUUUGCAAGUGCAAUAGUUUUGCUCACCCAUUGUUUAAAGAACAAAUUGUUUUAAUUCUCUGAUCCAAAGGUCAGAAUAUUGUUGCCUCCUUUUUAUUAGACAGACUGCCACAGUUGCCUUAAGCCAUAAUCAGUUUGGUUGGUAUGAUGAAGUAACUUCUUAAAAUUACUUAAUUCUUUACAGUCUUAUAUCAAUCGCUUCUUUACCGAAAGCUUCCCCAGAGCAGAUUACGUAGAUGAGCAGCUACCCUUAGCCUUGCACUUAAAGAAAACAAAAAUGGAAAGGGGACAGAGUUGUGGGGAGAAACGCAGUUAAGGCACCAAUCCUCCAUGAUUCAGCAGGUCCUGAGAAUUGUUAUCUGCAUUUGCUGCUACUACCAGCUGGGCUGGAAUCGCUUUUCCAUCUCAAGAGAGGGUCUUGUAACCAACUGCCUUAUGAGUUUCAGCAAUAGGACUGUUCAGUUUUCCAGUGGUGAUGAUGUCAUCAGGGCCUUAUCUGCAGUGGCAGAAGUGUCAUGAAACGGAGAGAUUCUAGCAAGACCCCAGAAAGUGAAGAGCCAGCUCUGUGAGGCUACCUGUUGAAAUAUUUCAGCCAUGACUAAAAGAGAAGCAGAAGAGCUAAUUGAAAUUGAAAUUGAUGGUACUGAGAAACAAGAGUGCACUGAAGAAAGCAUUGUUGAACAAACAUACACCACUGCUGAAUUUGUGAGUCAGGCUAUUGAUAUCAAUGAACCUGUUGGAAAUCUGAAAAAACUACUUGAACCAAGACUUCAGUGUUCUUUGGAAGCACAUGAAAUUUGUCUACAGGAUAUACAGCUGGACCCGGAUCGUAGUCUCUUUGAUCAAGGUGUCAAAACAGAUGGAACAGUGCAACUUAGUGUCCAAGUAAUAUCAAGGCAAGGAAUAGAACCAAAAUUAAACAUCCUUGAAAUUGUAAAGCCAGUGGAAACUGUUGAGGUAGUGAUUGACCCAGAUGCUCACCAUACUGAAACUGAGGCUCAUCUUGUUGAAGAAGCUCAAGUGAUAACACUAGAUGGAACCAAACAUAUAACCACCAUAUCUGAUGAAACAUCUGAACAAGUAACUCGCUGGGCAGCAGCUUUAGAAGGCUACCGUAAAGAACAAGAACGCUUAGGAAUACCUUAUGACCCUGUGCAAUGGUCAACUGACCAAGUACUUCACUGGGUAGUAUGGGUGAUGAAGGAGUUCAGUAUGACGGAUAUAGACCUAAAUACUCUUAGCAUUCCUGGGAGAGAAUUGUGCAGCCUCAGCCAAGAAGACUUCUUCCAAAGGGUCCCUCGGGGAGAAAUCCUUUGGAGCCACCUUGAACUUCUUCGAAAAUAUGUGCUGGCUAGCCAGGAACACUCUGGAGAAAUAGCAACAGUUACUAUUGAUCAACCUGUUCAAAUUAUUCCAGCUUCUGUACAGCCUUCUACUCCAACCACUAUUAAAGUCAUAAACAGUAGCACAAAACCAGCUAAAGUGCAGAGAGCACCAAGGAUUUCAGGAGAAGAUAGAAGUUCACCUGGUAACAGAACAGGAAAUAAUGGCCAGAUCCAAUUAUGGCAGUUCUUGCUUGAGCUUCUCACUGAUAAAGAUGCUCGUGAUUGCAUUUCAUGGGUUGGUGAUGAAGGAGAGUUCAAACUAAAUCAGCCAGAGCUAGUUGCACAGAAAUGGGGACAGCGUAAAAAUAAGCCUACUAUGAACUAUGAAAAACUGAGUCGUGCUUUACGGUAUUACUAUGAUGGAGAUAUGAUAUGCAAAGUACAAGGCAAGAGGUUUGUCUACAAAUUUGUCUGUGACUUGAAGACUCUCAUUGGAUACAGUGCUGCAGAAUUGAACCGGUUGGUCACAGAGUGUGAGCAAAAGAAACUGGCAAAGAUGCAGCUCCAUGGAAUUGCACAACCGGUCACAGCAGUUGCAUUGGCUACAGCAUCUCUACAAACAGAAAAAGAUAACUAAGUACCAGGACCGAAAAGCUUGGAAGCAUAAGGCCUUUAUUGUAUACUGAGCAGUUUCUGGUCUUAAAAUGGGAACUUCUAUUCUUCAGCAGUUCAAUAUGCAUGGUUUUUCUACAGAUGACUAAGACUCCCAUAAAUUUGGAUCUUUUUCACUGAAAGAUAUAUAUUUUGUGUUUAGAAUGUUGAGGGGAUUGUACAGAUUCUUCUCCAACACGAACACAUCUGUUGCAACCAGUCUGGGAUUGGUAAGAAAACCCAAAAUCAGUUGGUACUCUUUGUGAAGACCAACAGAUAAUUCCCACCACCACCAUUAAAAGAAACUGAAGCAUUUACACAAUAUAAACAGUUAAUAAUUUGAAUUUAGUUCUGAGCACUUCUGUCUUUAAGCUACCAGAUGGGAUGUAAUAUAUUUCCAGAAACAGAGCAGCUGUUAACCAUGCUCAUUAUUAUGUAAGCAUGCAGAGUUGUAAAAAACUGAAAAGUACCAUGCUUGUAAUGUGAUCUCUGUUUAUUAGCAAAAGAAGUGUAAUAUAGGCAGAACUGAAGAUCAUUAACAAAGAAAGAGAUCCAAGUUUAAGACCUUCAAGGUCAAAACCCAAUUAUGAGUAUUUUGAUACAGUAUGUAGAUAAUAUGCAUAUUUGAGGGGAAAUGCUUAAUUAUCUUGAGAGACUACUGAGCUUAAUGUGUGGCACAAAAAAGAGUUUCCACAUUUUUCCUCUUAGGAGAUUAAACACUUGAAAUUCUGUCUCUCAUCCAAAGAAUAGGGUUUGCUUUCUUUUAUUCUACACUGCAGAGUAUAUCAGUUGAUUCUGUUUGUACUUGCACUGUAGUUGACUUUGAACUGAAGACUUAGGUUAAUCACAGAGAGAAGCCCCUUCCUAUUCAGAAAUGAGAUGAACUGCAGCUAUACUGAUUAGAAAUGAAGUCUGACUUCCUUAUGUUAUAUAGAUUACCAUAUUAAAUUAAAAAUUCAGGGGGUUUUAAGUUACAGUACUUGGUUUCCAAACUGUUAUUUUUGGUGCUUUGGAAAGAAAAGGGUGUGUAUUCAAUCUAAACAAAAUGUAGUUCGGUGAGUUAAUAUUUUUAAGCAUUAUCCAGAUUAAACACAGAGAUACUGGUAGUAGUGCAUUGCUAGCCCCUGCAUAUUCUCCAUUAUAAUAUUUUUGAUACCAUAUAAAACCUGGAAAGCAGAUUCAUGGUAUACAUUUGUCUCCUUCUCUUCAUCUGCCGUUUGUGUGAUAUGUUUUGAAAGCAGGCUUUUUAUUGAAUCAUAAUUAAAAGAACAAAGCUAUUGCAA